AUGGCGACAACCCGUGUCCUUCUUUUAGGCGGGCAUGGUAAGGUAUCUUUGCUUCUAACCAAUCUUCUGGUCAAAGAAGAGGGCUGGCAUAUUAGCUCUGUCAUUCGCAAUCCGAGUCAGCGAGAUGAGAUACUGGAGCUGGGGAAGGGACAGAAGGGGAACGUGGAUGUUGUUAUCGAAUCGUUGGAGGAUGUUCGAAGUGCUGAGCAGGCUAAGCAAGUCUUGAACAAAACAAAUCCUGACUACGUGGUCUUCUCUGCUGGGGCUGGUGGAAAAGGCGGCCCGUCACGGACAUACGCCAUUGACCGCGACGCCGCAAAGCAUUAUAUCAAAGCAGCCGUGGAGACACCAAGUAUUACCAAGUUCAUGAUAGUGUCGUACAUCGCUAGUCGAAGAAACCGCGCACCGUGGUGGACAGAUGAAGAUUGGGAGUCCGCGGAGCAUGUCAAUCGGGAGAUUCUGCCAGACUACUACAAAGCCAAGGUCGAGGCUGAUGAAUAUCUGGCGGCUCUUGCUAAGAAGCGUAACGAAAAGGACCCGCAAUUUCAGGCCAUAAACUUGCGGCCAGGCAGCUUGUCUGAUGAUCCAGCCACCGGAAAAGUGCUGAUGGGGAAAACGCCGUCCAGAGGGAAGGUUCGUCGAGGAGAUGUCGCAGCGGUCGCAGCGGCUCUGCUGAAGAGGAACGAUGCUAGCCGAUGGAUUGAUCUACUCGAAGGCGAUACGGAUAUUGGUACUGCUGUGGAGAACGUUAUCAAGAACAAAGUAGAUUGCAUUGAGGGAGAAGAUUUGGAUCGGAUAUACUCGUUGGCAGACUGA